ACAUCCGGGAACAUCCGACCGCUACCUCCUCAUCUUCCCUGGCCCUCGAGGCUCCUUUCUUCGAGAUCCAACAGGACCGGCACCAAGAAAUCAAUUGACCUCGAAAAUGACCGAAAGUUCCCGCACCGAAACAUCCGCCGGGGAAGGACCACCGGCGGCAUCCUCUGACGAAGAAUCCAACGGAAGACAAUCUCACAUACUCUUGCAGCCUAGGCGCGAGCCGUUCGAGUACGGUCUCCUUCCCAUCCCGAAGCUAAUCUUAACAGAUGGAAUCGUAACCCUUAGUUCCGUUAAGGAGAAGCUUCUCCGGCAUCAUGCCACGUCUCUUCAACGAAUCGACGUAGUUGGCCUCGCCGAUGGUCUCAAGAUCUCGCUUGCGGAGGCUGGGAUUGUUCUGGAUACUCUCGUUUCUGUCCUUCCGUAUGAGCAGGAGGAUCUAGAUUCCGUGGAUGUUCGUGAUCUCGUGCUGUUUUUAUACAUCCAGUCGUAUAAAAGAUUGAUAUCCAAGACGCAUAAGGAUUCUGCGGCCGUUGCGGAUGUUUGGCCUUCGACAUCGGUGUUUGAUGGAUACCUCUCGGCUCUCACGCCUAUUCAGCUCAAACGCUGUGGUAGUCGCCGAUCUAUGCCCUCUCCUGCUGAUGAAGAGGCCCAUCAGUUGUCUUAUCUCGAGAAGCAUAUGGAAAACAUGGUUUCUCUUUUGGCUGACUCAAUAGAGGGCGAGGGGGAUGAAUCUCUGGUUUUAACUUUGGACAGUUUUCAGCGCCUUGGACUUAUAAUUCAAUUCACUGACAAUGGCCAUGAAGGAAUACCGCUUAGCCAAGCUUUUCCUCUCUUUGCGAACCACGAUGCUAAUUCACCUCAUAUUUCUGUACCUGCUAGCAAGGUUCUUGACUGGCUUUUGCAAAGUAUAGCAAUUUCUUUGGAGCACAUUGCAGCUGCAGAGAAAUCACCUACACGUGAAGCUGCAAUGGGGGGCAUUAAUGAUGGGGAUUUCGCUAUGGCAGAUGCCUCCGCAAACAAAGCCAAACUGCAAAGCAAUGGUUCACCUAGUGGAUUAUGUGAACAUGGUACUGCACAUUUGAGGAGCCAGACAAUAGUGGAGGGUAUCUGUAAAGCUUCACUAGUGAAACAAGCAUCCAAUACAAUCAGACAUCCUGUAAAGGUUUUGAAUUGCCACGAUUCAGUGAUUUAUUUACUGGCGCCACUGAGUUAUGCCACUGUUUAUGGUUGUUCUGAUGCAACUAUUGUUGUUGGCGCUGUUGGCAAGGCUCUGAGAGUGGAACAUUGUGAGAGGGUGCAAAUUAUAGCUACUGCAAAGCGCUUAUGCAUUGCGAAUUGCCGUGAAUGCAUUUUUUUCUUGGGGAUUAAUCAUAAUCCCCUUAUUCUUGGAGAUAAUCAUAAACUACAAGUUGCCCCUUUUAACACAUCUUAUCCCCAACUAGCGGAGCACAUUUCUCAAGUUGGAAUAAAUGCAAAUAUCAAUAGAUGGAAUGAACCCCUUGUGCUGGGGAUGGUGGAUCCUCAUGACUCGUUAUCUCACCCUGCUGGGUUAUCUGAUACUCAGUCUGAGUCGGCAACAUGUCUUGAUCCUGACCAGUUCACUAACUUUUUGAUUCCCAAGUGGUUUGGAGCUACUUUGGUAGAAAGUACAGAAUGUAACCCAUUCCCAUUGCCUGAGGCUUAUGUUGCGGCUCAAAAGAAAACUCACAAGGUUCUGAAUGAGAUCCAGGAAACUAUAAGAGGCGCGCAGCUUGAUGAGAUCAAGAAGCGUGAUAUUGCUUCUGCCCUUCAUACGCAGUUUAAAGACUGGCUAUAUGCUUCAGGAAAUAUACGGCAACUGUAUUGCCUCUAAGGAGACUAAGCUAAUGGCGACCAUUUCCAAUGUGCCAUUGGAUUCUAGAGUAGCAGUUAGGAUCGUCUUGCAACACACAAAGCUGAGUGUUUGGAGCACAGGAAAAUUACAGGAGUUCUUUCUGAGGCUUCUUUGUAGGUUUCAAAGAGAUAAUUUAUGAUUUAAGUUUUUUUUUUUCACCCACCAAUGUUCUAACUCGCUGAGGUGGUGGUGAUUCUUCUUUUGACACAUUUGUAUUCUGUUUUGGAAUGGAAACAGUAAAUCUUAUUCAGUAUUUACUGUUUAAUAAAAAAAAAAAAUCAAAUUACAGUCCAUGUUAAUCUUA